GUCGUUCAAGUUGGGUUUCCCUGCAGAGACAGAGGAACUGCUGCUGUCACUUAAAAAGUUCACCAUCAUUAAAAUGGGGAAGAAGAGCCGAGUGAAGACGCUGAAGUCCGGCUCUGGGGCCACGGCUGUGGUUUCCCCCAAAGAAAUGAUGAACCUGAUUUCAGAACUGCUCCAGAAGUGCAGCAGUGCAACGCCCUCUGCUGGUAAAGAGUGGGAAGAGUACAUCCAAAUCAGAGCUCUGGUGGAGAAAAUACGCAAGAAGCAAAAAGGUAUUUCUGUGAUAUUUGAAGGCAGCAGGGAGGAUUAUUUCUCAGACUUACUGUCCUGGGCUCAGGACUGUGGAGCUUCCACUGAUGGAUUCACUGUGGGCGACUUUGGGACUGAAGGAUACGGCCUCCAAGCCACUAAAGGCAUCAAGGCAGAGGAGCUGUUUCUGUGGAUUCCCAGGAAGAUGUUGAUGACGGUGGAAUCAGCUCAGAACUCUGUACUGGGUCCUCUGUACAGUCAGGACCGGAUCAUGCAGGCGAUGGGGAACGUGACUCUGGCUCUGCACCUGCUGUGUGAGCGCUGCAGCCCGAGCUCCCAUUGGCUCCCGUACAUCCGCUCUCUGCCUCUGGAGUACGACACGCCCUUGUACUUUAACCAGGACGAGGUUCAGCUGCUGUUGGGCACACAGGCCAUCCCCGACAUCCUGAGCCAAUACAAGAACACGGCACGGCAAUACGCGUACUUCUACAAACUGAUACAGACUCAUCCGGCCGCCAGCAAACUACCCCUGAAGGACAGCUUCACAUUUGAUGACUACAGGUGGGCGGUGUCUUCAGUGAUGACUCGUCAGAACCAGAUUCCCACCGAGGACGGCAGCAGGGUCACUCUAGCCCUGAUCCCGCUGUGGGACAUGUGCAACCACACCAACGGACUGAUUACCACAGGCUACAACUUGGAGGACGAUCGCUGUGAAUGUGUGGCUCUGCGUGACUAUAAAGAGAAUGAACAGAUCUACAUCUUUUACGGCACCAGGUCCAAUGCCGAGUUCGUCAUCCACAACGGCUUCUUCUUCCAGGACAACGCCCACGACCGAGUGAAGAUCAAGCUGGGCGUCAGUAAGAGCGAGCGGCUGUACGCGAUGAAGGCCGAGGUGCUGGCGCGAGCAGGCAUCCCCGCGUCCUGUGUCUUUGCUCUUCACUGUAACGAGCCUCCGAUCUCCGCCCAGCUCCUCGCCUUCCUCAGAGUUUUCUGCAUGACGGAGGAGGAGCUGAAGGACUAUCUGCUCGGAGAAGGAGCCAUCAACAAGAUCUUCACUCUGGGGAACAGCGAGUUUCCCGUGAGCUGGGACAACGAGAUCAAGCUGUGGACGUUUCUCGAGACCAGAGCCGCGCUGCUGCUCAAGACCUACAAGACCACCAUCGAGGAGGACCGCUCUUUGCUGGAGAAACCCGACCUGACCCUGCACUCCCGCGUCGCCAUCCAGCUGCGUCUGGCCGAGAAGCAGAUCCUGGAGAAGGUGUCGGCCAGCGGGCGGGACAAACGGAUGCAGUACGAGAAGAAACAGGCAGAGGGCGCCCCGCUGCCCCGCUACGAGGAGAGCGACAUAGCUUUACUCGAGAACUCUGACGCGGAGGGGAAGCUGCCGAUCAUUUUACGCAAGCUGGAGGAAGUGGAGGAGGAGGACAAUCAAAUGAUGAACGGAAAUAAGAGCGGAGAGGUGGUGGGAGUUAGCAAAGAUGUGAAUUCAAAUCUGGACUCGGAGGAAAAGUCGAUUGAGUCGUUAAAAGGCCAGAAGGAGGAGGCUAACCUAAGUGCCAGUCGGACUGAAGAAUGAAUAAGUACCCAACGUUUUGGCCGAUUUAUUUAUUUAUUUUUGUGUCUACUAAAAUGACUCAGAAAUACUAGAAAUUUUAAUUCUGAAUUCGCCGAAACGGGGAUUAAGUUCACUCCGCGUGGCUUUCCGUGCUUAGUUGGCUUGUUCAAACAUGGUCGCGUCUUCCCGGCCUUCUAAGCAGAGCAGUUAUUGUUAUUAAGAAUUGUAAUAAAAAGCAUAAAUAAAACUUUUGUUGAGGUUCACGGCUAAAGGUAAAUGGGUUGCGUUCACGAGACUUUUUCAGCUAAAGUCCAUCGUUUCAAAUUGAGGUGGAGAUUAGCGAAGAAUCCUACAGUUUAACUUCUAAAUCCGGACGUUUUGACCUGGUUUUUGGCUUAAAUCUCUUCUCGAAAUUCCAACAUCGCUCUGUUAAAAAAAUAAAUAAAUAAAAAAUGAAAUAAGUUGGAUCUUAAUAAUAAUCAAAUCGAAUAUACUGACGACAAGAACGUUAAAGUUGCACUGUGUAACUUUUAGCUGGAGCGUCACGGAGAUGUUAUUGCGUCGCCUGGCAUGUCCCGCAGUACGUCAUUAAUCGACAACUUCCACGGAGACGCACUCGAAGCCAAGUUACGCGUCAGAUCUGUUCUUUCAGCAAUAAAACGUGCGCAAUUUUUAAAAAUGCAAGAGCCGUUAAUGCAGCACUGCGGGACGUUCCAGGUCAAAAAGCAAGCGCGCAAACGACGUCGCCACGGAGACGAGCACGCGCAGCUGGUUGUCCGCCGAUCAGAAGGUUGGCGGUUCGAAUCCCGCUGUCCACAGUUAAACGGCGUUGUCGUGACUUUGCGCGGGACACUUUACACGCUAAAAACGGCGGCCGGUCUUCAGCAGAAAAGUUACACAGUGCGUCUUUAACCCGCAACAAUAACACAGUGAGUUUUUGGAUCAAGUUUCCAACAAAAACAAGAUUCAACAUUUGUGGAGUUUACGUUUUGGAUAUUUAAAAUCUUUUCUAAAAUGUUUGACUCGCCGUUAGCGUCUUGUCGGACUCCGCUCUCCGUUUGUCCUUCUGAGACUCUAAACUCAACCUAUUCUUUAAAAAAAAACGUAUAUUUUCAUUUCACACAAGCCCAAAACUUGUGCGCUGUUGUGAACGUUUGGAGUUAUUACCGCAGUUUGUCUCCAUCUGCGUCCGGCUGGUUUUGAGUUGACAAUCGUUUCCUCUGCUGCUAAAUGUAAACCAUCGCUUCGGUUCCUAAAAAAAAAAAAAUCAUUUCAGAAUUUAAAACUAAAACUGACAUUUAAGAAGUUUGGUUAUUUUUACAUUUAACAAUACUCAUUCUGUUUUGAAGAAGUCUAUUGAAAUAAUUUGAAUGUACUUAAAGGGGAGGAGACGCCCUGUGCUAAAAGCCAUACAUCUUUUUGAAUACUACAGAUAUGGAAGUUAAUGACAUUUAUAUAUUAUUUUGUCAUAAAUUGAGCCAGUUUAACAGUUUAUGUGCACUGUCAUGUUUAUUUUGUUUAAGAUUGGAGUUGUUAUGACCCUCAGCGCUGAUAAAAACCCGAUGUUCAAAGGGUUUUCGACUUAAUAAAGCAACAAAAAAC